AUGCUUGGGCGACGAUCUUUAAAUCUGGAACUUACCACUUUUGAUCCUGAGAUCGAAAGAACAGCUCGAGAGAAUUUAAGCUUGCUGAAAAAUUCAGAGUCUGAGUCGGAAAAGUCUGUUGAGAUGGGAGAACCGCUUAGGAAUGGGGAUCCACCCAGAACCCUCAGAGAAUUAUUUGCACCCAUCACUACCGACACUCCAUCCUGCAUAGUGUUGCCUGCUACUAAUGCUACUCAUUUUGAUUUGAAGCCGAGUGUAAUUCAAAUCCUUCCUACUUUCCAUGGUUUAGAGAAUGAAGAUCCUUACGCUCAUGUAAAGGAAUUUUUGGAGAGGUGCAACACUUUCAAAUUUCAAAAUUUCUCAGAUGAGUCGGUGCGUCUAAGGCUAUUUCCUUUUUCCCUAAGCGGUAGGGCGAAGGCAUGGUUACAUUCCAACAUUCCUGGAUCCAUCACCUCCUGGGAAAUUUUACUGACCAAGUUCUACAACAAAUUCUUCCCAAUCUCGAGGAUUAAUGAAUUUCGUCGAGAAAUCAGCAGUUUCAGUCAAGAGGAGGACGAGAAAUUCUGUGACAGCUGGGAGAGAUUUAAAGAGCUAACUAUAAAGUGUCCACCCCAUGGUUUUGAGACUUGGAGGCUCAUUCAAUUUUUCUACAAUGGGUUAACUCAAUCGGAGCGUUACAUGAUUGAGUCCAUGAAUGGUGGCGGGUUCUUGAAUCUUACAGGAGAAGAAGCCUACAAGACUCUGGAUGAACUGUCCGAUAAUUCACAACGGUGGGAUUUUUCAAGUCGUCGGGGUAAAAGUUCCACCACCACCAAGAAGGAAGGACUCUAUGGGGUGAAGGACAAUGAAGAUAUCAGGGGGCAACUCAAGGAUAUCAUGCGUACGAUUGAAACCAUUGCUCUGAACAAGCCAGUGAUUGCAGCAAAUACUUAUCAAGCUGACGUAUGUUCUUUAUGUGCUAGCCCGAUGCACUUUACUCAGAACUGCCCAUCUCUGUCGACAGGUACAGAAUAUCCACCAGAGCAGGUCAAUGCCUUCAAUGAUUACAGGAAACCAACAAGUGGACCUUUUGCUGAGACUUACAACCCAGGGUGGCGCAACCAUCCCAAUUUCUCUUGGAAGCAAAAUCAACCCCAAAAUCAAGGAAGAACCUCGAAUCAAGCUCAUGCUCAACAUUCUUCAGGAUUCCCUCCACAGGCUCAGAAUCAGUUCCAGUCAACCACUCAAGUGCCGCAGCCUCAACCAGCACCACAGUCAUCAUUGGAAGAAACACUCCAAGCAUUCAUUCAGACAAGCAACCAAAAUAUACAAGAGCUUAAGAGUGCCACCAUGAGCAACAACCAAAAUAUACAAGAGCUUCAGAAGGUCACCAUGAACAACAGUCAGAUUAUACAAGAGCUUAAAAACGAGGUCGUGUCUUCAAAGCAGUUCACACAUCAAGCUAUUGCCAAGAUGGAAGGGCAAAUUGGCCAACUAGCCAAUCAAAUGGGGGAAAGAGAAAUAGGGAAAUUCCCAAGUCAACCAGUGCCUAACCCAAAAGGGCAAUUUGUUAUUGGGAGUACAUCCGGUCCUUCUCAUGGGCAAGAGCAUGUGCAAGCCAUCACAACUUUGAGGUCAGGAAGGCGAGUGGAUAAUCAAGUGGCCAUGCCGGAAGAAGUCACUGAGGCGACAAAAGAGGAGGAAAGCCAGGACAAGCUUGAUAGAGAUCUUGGACCAGACACUAUCUUUCCAAUUGCUAAGGAGAUUCCCCAGAAGUUUGUCCCCAAAGCUCCGUUUCCAGAAAGACUGGCGACUCCCAAGAAAGGCUCAAAGUUUGAUGACAUUUUGGAAGUAUUUAAACACGUGCAGAUCAACAUUCCUUUCCUCGAUGCCAUUCAGCAAGUGCCUUCGUAUGCUAAAUUUCUGAAGGAUUUAGUAACCAUUAAGAGAAGGACAAAUGUUCCCAAGAAAGCCUUCCUAACUGAGCAAGUCAGUUCUAUUCUUCAGUGUAAGAUCCCUGUCAAGUACAAAGACCCUGGCUGUCCUACAAUUGCAUGCAUGAUAGGUGACAGCAAAGUUGAAAGAGCUCUGUUAGAUUUGGGGGCUAGUGUGAAUCUCUUGCCAUAUUCAGUUUAUGUCCAAUUGGGAUUGGGUGAGCUAAAACCCACUUCAGUGACACUUCAGUUGGCCGACAGAUCUGUGAAAGUUCCAAGGGGAAUCAUUGAAGAUGUUCUGAUCAAAGUUGAUAAGUUCUACUACCCUGUGGACUUCAUCGUCUUAGACACAGAACCAGUUAUGAAUGUGGAGAUUCAGAUUCCAGUAAUACUAGGGCGUCCCUUUUUAGCUACGGCUAAUGCCCUAAUCAAUUGUAGGACUGGAGUCAUGAAGUUAUCUUUCGAGAACAUGACAGUGGAGCUAAAUAUUUUUGAUAUCAGUAGGCAACCAUUUGACUAUGAAGGGGUCAGAAGUGCAUGCCCAAUAGAAGAGAUAGUGGAAGAGACUGUCAACGAGGCAAUUAUUGAAGACCAGUUGGGAACGUGCCUUACUACAUUUGGAGGCAACAUGGACCUGGAAACAUUACUUGAGCAAGCUGACACCUUGUUGGACUCAACUCCUGAGACAGAAACUGACAUCGGGGAAACCACUAAGACAUCAUCCCUUGAUCCAUCUCCAUCAGCAGUUGAGCCUGCCAAGCGGGACCUAAAGCCUCUGCCUGACACUCUGAAGUACAAAUAUCUUGACCCGUUUGAAUCUCUACCGGUGAUCAUAGCCGCUGACCUAAAUGAGACUCAAGAACAGAAAUUGCUAGAUGUGUUGAAAGAACAUAAAGAAGCUAUCGGUUGGUCCAUUGGAGAUAUAAAAGGAAUCAGCCCUGCAGUGGUGAUGCACAAGAUUCACCUGGAAGAAAAUGCUAAACCUUCUCGUGAGCCACAGAGACGGUUGAAUCCAGCCAUGCAAGAGGUAGUUCGAGCUGAGGUGAUCAAACUUUUGGAUGCAGGAAUCAUAUACCCAAUAUCUGACAGCAAAUGGGUGAGUCCAAUUCAUGUGGUGCCCAAGAAGGCUGGAAUUACAGUAAUCAAGAAUAAGGAGAAUGAGUUGGUCCCAACUCGUGUUCAGUCGGGAUGGCGGGUGUGCAUUGACUACAGGAAGCUGAAUUCUGCCACAAGGAAAGACCACUUUCCUUUGCCUUUCAUAGAUCAAAUGGUGGAGAGACUGGCUGGUCAUGCUUAUUACUGUUUCCUUGAUGGCUACUCUGGCUACAAUCAAGUUCCGGUGGACCCAGAAGAUCAAGAGAAGACCACUUUUACUUGUCCUUUCGGUACAUUUGCCUAUCGCCGUAUGCCUUUUGGUUUGUGCAAUGCACCUGCUACUUUUCAGCGGUGUAUGAUCAGUAUUUUCUCAGAUAUGGUUGAACGUCACCUUGAGGUAUUUAUGGAUGACUUCUCUGUUUUUGGAUCUUCAUUUGAGGAGUGCCUACACCAUCUUACCUUGGUGUUGGUACGAUGUAAGGAGAAGAACUUGGUUUUAAAUUGGGAAAAAUGCCACUUCAUGGUAAAACAGGGGAUUGUUUUGGGGCAUGUUGUUUCCCACAAAGGUAUUGAGGUUGACAAAGCCAAGGUAGAUUUGAUCUCUAACCUUCCACCCCCGCGAACAGUGAAAGAGAUUCGAUCCUUUCUAGGCCAUGCUGGGUUCUAUAGAAGAUUCAUCAAGGACUUCAGUAAGAUAGCGAGACCUUUGUGCAGCCUCCUUGCCAAAGAUGCCCCAUUCGAUUUCAAUGAAGAGUGCCAUGCAGCCUUUGAAAGUCUGAAGAAGACCUUAACUUCCACACCAAUCAUUCAGCCACCUACUUGGACUGUGCCAUUUGAGAUAAUGUGUGAUGCUUCUGAUUAUGCUGUGGGAGCUGUAUUGGGGCAAAGAGUGGAGAAGCUUCCUCAUGUCAUCUACUAUGCCAGCAAGACCCUGAAUGGUGCACAACUUAACUACUCUACCACUGAAAAGGAGUUGUUAGCUGUCGUUUUUGCUCUGGAUAAGUUUAGAUCAUAUCUGCUAGGGUCUAAAGUAUUGGUAUACUCAGAUCAUGCUGCUUUGAAGUAUCUGUUGUCCAAGAAAGAUGCUAAAUCUCGCCUCAUUCGGUGGAUCCUGUUGCUGCAAGAAUUUGACAUUGAGAUUAGAGAUAAGAAGGGUUCCGAGAAUGUGGUAGCAGACCAUUUGUCCAGGUUGACUGUAGACUUCACUGAAGAUGAUGUGCCCAUUGCUGAGACGUUCCCUGAUGAACAACUGAUGCACAUCUCCCAAAUUCAUGCACCAUGGUUCGCAGAUAUUGUGAACUAUCUUGUCACCGGCCAGAUGCCCUCUCAUUGGACCAAGCACGACAGAUCAAAAUUCUUGGCUGAGGUAAAACAUUUUUUUUGGGAUGAUCCUUACCUGUUUAAAUAUUGCCCAGAUCAGAUUAUAAGGAGAUGUAUUCCUGAGAGUGACCAGCAAAAUGUCCUCUCCUUUUGCCAUGAUCAUGCAUGUGGAGGCCACUUCAGUUCUAAGAAGACCGCUGCGAAGAUUUUUCAAAGUGGAUUCUAUUGGCCAUCCAUUUUUCGUGAUGCCCAUGCUUAUUGUUCAGCCUGCGAGCGAUGCCAGAAAUUGGGGAGUAUUGGAAGAAGGAAUAUGAUGCCGUUGAACCCGAUCUUGGUUGUGGAGCUUUUUGAUGUUUGGGGCAUCGACUUCAUGGGACCCUUCCCGAACUCUUAUGGGUACCUCUACAUUCUUGUGGCUGUUGACUAUGUUUCCAAGUGGGUGGAGGCUAUUGCUUGCAAAACCAAUGAUCAUAGAGUUGUGCUGCAAUUUCUGAAGGAUAAUGUGUUUGCACGUUUCGGGACACCACGUGCCAUUAUCAGUGAUGGGGGGAAGCACUUCUGCAAUAAUUUUUUUGAGCAACUCAUGAAGAAGUAUGGUAUUACUCAUAAAGUUGCAACUCCCUACCAUCCUCAGACAAGUGGUCAAGUUGAGCUAUCUAACAGAGAAAUCAAGAGGAUACUAGAGAAGACGGUGAGCCCGACAAGAAAGGAUUGGUUUCUGCGACUCAAUGAUGCACUGUGGGCAUACCGGACAGCAUUCAAGACUCCAAUUGGCAUGUCUCCUUACCGACUUGUGUAUGGGAAAGCUUGUCAUCUACCCGUAGAAUUGGAGCAUCGAGCAUAUUGGGCAAUCAAGCAGCUGAAUUUUGAUCUCACCAAGGCCGGCUCUCAAAGGAAGCUCCAGCUCAAUGAAUUAGAGGAGCUGCGAAAUGAUGCUUACGACUCUGCCAAGCUGUACAAAACUCAGAUGAAGAAGGCCCAUGACCAAAACAUUUUGCGAAGAUCUUUCGAAGUUGGUCAGAAAGUCCUCCUUUACAAUUCACGUUUGCAUCUAUUCCCAGGAAAGCUAAAAUCUAGAUGGACUGGACCAUUCUUAGUUCGUACAGUUUUCACUUAUGGAGCCAUUGAGAUAGAAGAUCCAAAGAAUGGAGACACUUUCAAGGUAAAUGGUCAACGGCUAAAACCGUUUCUGGAGUUGAAGAUCCCUGAGAUUGAAGAAAUGCCCCUGGAGGACCCAAUUUAUCCUCACUGA